CUUCUACUCGUGAAAAUCAAGCUCGUAAUACUUUAUUCUAAAAAUUUGUCAUUAAAUUCAGUAAAAUAAACCUUAACGAAAUUGUAAAACAUUAAAUUGCUUCAUAAAUUUUGUCAACGAUUAUUUGCAAAACGUAGAAAUAUCCGCGAAUGUGCAUGAAAUACCUUUAUAGUUUAAUAAUAUGAAAGCGUAUUGAAAAAAGAGAAAUAUUUAUCAAAAAUCUAAAGUACAUUAAAUAUCAGAAAGAUGGAAUUCCCACCACCCGAAUUGUCGAUGCCACCACCUAACUUUCAGCCUCCACCAAAUUUUCAUCAUCCAAGACCAUUUAAUCCUAAUCACAACUUCCAUCACAAGCCUUUUUAUAAAUCUUAUAAACAUGGGAUGCAAGUUCAAGAUGACUUUGACGGAAAGCGUCUGAGGAAAAGUGUAAUGCGAAAAACCGUAGAUUAUAAUUCAUCGAUUAUAAAGGCUAUUGAAAAUCGCGUCUGGCAACGAGAUUCUCGAGACCGUCGGGCUCUUCAACCAGAAAAUAACUACAUUCCCGAUCUGAUGCCGCCUUCAAGUUAUCUCGAUAAUCCAAGUAAUGCUAUAACUACAAGAUUUGUCAAAACAGCAACAAACAAAAUGAGAUGCCCAAUUUUUACACUCGCAUGGACUCCGGAAGGACGUCGAUUGAUCACCGGAGCAAGUUCCGGAGAAUUCACUUUAUGGAAUGGAUUGACAUUUAACUUUGAAACAAUCCUACAAGCCCACACAGUUUCAGUUCGGGCAAUGAUUUGGUCUCAUAACGAUAGUUGGAUGGUAACAGGUGACCACAAUGGAUAUGUGAAAUACUGGCAAUCGAAUAUGAACCAAGUAUGCAGUUUUCAAGCUCAUAAGGAACCAAUUAGAGGAAUAAGCUUUUGUCCUACGGAUUCGAAAUUUGUAACUUGUAGCGACGAUGGAACUUUGAGAAUCUUUGAUUUCUUACGAUGUCAGGAAGAACGAGUUAUGCGUGGGCAUGGCUCAGACGUUAAAUGUGUUCAUUGGCAUCCACAAAAGUCAUUGAUUGUAUCAGGUAGUAAAGAUAAUCAACAGCCUAUAAAAUUAUGGGAUCCAAAGAGUGGACAAGCGCUUGCGACACUUCAUGCACAUAAGUCGACUGUAAUGGAUUUGAAAUGGAAUGACAAUGGAAACUGGUUGAUAACUGCAUCGAGAGAUCACUUAUUGAAACUUUUUGAUCUACGAAACUUGAAAGAAGAUCUUCAAACAUUCAGGGGACAUAAAAAGGAAGCUAGUGCUGUUACAUGGCAUCCAGUGCAUGAAGGUCUCUUCACAUCUGGUGGGUCUGAUGGACAAAUUCUUUUCUGGAACGUUGGCACCGAUAAAGAAAUUGGUGGAAUUGAAGCCGCUCAUGAGAGUAUCGUUUGGACUUUAGCCUGGCAUCCAAUUGGUCACAUUUUAUGUUCAGGUUCCAACGAUCAUACUGUAAAGUUUUGGACACGUAAUCGACCAGGUGAUCAAAUGAGAGAUAAAUACAACUUGAACACAUUACCACCAAGUCUUCAAGGAUUGGAAGAUUAUGAAAUGGAUGAACAUAUUACAAUUCCUGGCAUGGGUGGCAUGAUUGAUGAUCGCAAUGACUUCAAUGACUUGCAGAUAAGUUUAAGUGAACCUCCGCCAUCAAUUAUAAACCCUCCAAUCAUUACUGCAAAUACUGACCCAGUUAUUAAUACUGAUAAUAACAAUGGACUGAUUCCUGGAUUAGAUCUUGAUGUUUCUAUUGUUCGUGAGAAGAAAACAUCGAUUAAUAAGACAAUACCAACAACAACAUCAACAGAUAUUCCAGUUGAAUCCACCAGUAGAACUGAGGUUGAUAUUUACGGAACAACAGCACAUGAUAGCGCGAGUAUUUUAAAAUGCGUUCGUGAUGUAGUAUCAAGAAUGAUUAAGAGACUUCCUGGUAUUCUCCCAUUAGAAGAUAUUAAACCGGAAAAAAUUCAAAUUUAUGGGAAGGAACUUAAAAUAAUACCUGGUUCAAGACUUCAUCAAGCAACUCUUGAAGGAUUUGAUUCUCUCUACAAAUAUAUUCAUUCUGGUGAAAUUGAAGAACUUAGUGAUGUUUUACCUUAUGAAGAUUUUGCUGAUUAUAGUGCCGAAGAUUUCAUUGAAGAUCAUGCAAUCAUAACUAAUUUAGAUGACGAAGAGUUGGAAGAUACUGAAUCAAAUCAAAAUGAAAAUGAGAUUGAAAAUGAUGAUGAGAGUGAGACGGAUGUGAAGAGAUUUCGUAGUAAUUAUGACGAAUAUGAAGGAAGUAACGACUUUGAUAUGAGAUAUGAAAACAAACCUGGAAUUCCAUCACUACUUAACAUCAGCGUUCCACCACCUCGACAUGGUCAGGAAGAAGAUUCAUCAUCGAAAUCACCAGUUAAUUCUGCAUGGAAUAAUUCAAACAUUAACAACGGAGCACUUCUAAUGAAUCAAACAUCAAACAUCACUGAGGCAGAUCGAAAGGAAAGCAGAAGACAAGGAAGUCGAUGGUCAUCGUCACGACGUUAAAAUUUAUCUUUUCUUUAUCAAGUAACAAAAAUUUCAAAAUUGUAAUACAAAAACAUCAUAAAACGUUUCAUUAUAAAAUCUUAAACUGCUUAGAUAUUUUUGUUGUAAAUAAGUAAAAUAAUAAAUUUAAUUGAUAAGAUGAG